GGGGAGAGAUGGAGCAAUGGAGAGAGCCUGGCAUUAGGGUUUGCUUGACGUGCAUUCUCUGCCCUUUUCUUUCCUUCCCUUUCCCCCUCCACUCACCCCUCUCGUCUUUGGGGGUCGUGUGUCGCAGGUUCACUCCUCCCUCGCCCUCUCCAUUUGGGGAGUUCUGCGUUGUUCGGGCUUCUCUCGUUGGAUCACUUUGGUGGCGUCUCACAUUUCGCCAUCAUGGCGACCUUUGCCAAACCCGAAAAUGCCCUUAAACGAGCGGAAGAGUGAGCAUGAGUGGGUGAGGAUUAUCGAUUCUGACGGGGCGCUUCAUCCUCGGAGUUAAUGAAUGUUGGUCAAAAGCAGGCUGCACUGCAAGCUCUUCACGACCUUAUUACGUCAAAGAGGUACCGGGCAUGGCAGAAAACGCUGGAAAAGAUUAUGUUCAAGUACGUCGAGCUAUGUGUAGAUAUGAAGAAGGGUAGAUUUGCUAAAGAUGGACUUAUCCAGUAUCGGAUAGUUUGUCAGCAAGUCAAUGUCAGUUCUCUAGAAGAGGUUAUCAAAUACUUUCUUCAACUUUCUAGUGAGCGUGCCGAGGCUGCACAAGUCCAAGCAGCAGCUGCUGAGGUGACUUUGGAUAUAGAGGAUUUGGAGGCUGAAAAGAGGCCAGAGGAUUUGAUGUUGAGUUAUGUCAGCGGUGAGCGGGGUAAAGAGCGCUCUGAUCGUGAAACCGUGACUCCUUGGUUCCAGUUUUUAUGGGAAACCUACAGAACAGUUCUAGAAAUCUUACGAAACAACUCCAAGCUGGAGUCCUUGUACUCUAUGACAGCUCAUCGGGCCUUUCAGUUUUGUUUACAAUACAAGCGUACCACGGAGUUUCGACGCCUUUGUGAAAUUCUACGAAAUCACUUAAUCAAUCUGAACAAGUAUAGGGACCAGCGUGAUAGGCCUGAUCUUACUCAACCUGAAAGUCUGCAGUUGUACUUAGAGACUAGGUUUGAGCAGCUCAAGGUUGCCACAGAAUUAGAGCUAUGGCAGGAAGCAUUCCGCUCCAUAGAGGAUAUUCAUGGACUGAUGUUCAUGGUGAAAAGAACACCAAAACCGCAAAUGAUGGCCGUCUACUAUGCCAAAUUGACUCAAAUCUAUUGGGUGUCUGACAGCCACCUGUACCAUGCUUACGCCUGGUACAAGCUGUAUAAUCUUCAGAAGAGUUACAACAAGAAUCUUACAGCAAAGGACUUGCAACUCAUGGCUUCGUCCGUAGUAUUGGCAACUCUAGCUGUCGCCCCCUACGAUCGCAAGUAUGGUGCUCACCAUUUUGAACUGGAGAUGGAGAAGGACAGAAAUAUUCGGAUGGCCAACAUUCUGGGUUUUAACAUUGAUGUAAAAAAGGACUCUCGGGAAGUGUUAUCCAGGGCAGCUCUGCUUUCUGAACUUGUUGCAAAAGGUGUGAUGACAUAUGUUUCACCUGAGGUUAAGGAUUUGUACACAUUGUUAGAGAAUGAAUUUCAUCCGCUCGAUCUUGCUGCAAGAGCUGAGCCUUUCCUAUCAAAACUCCCAAAUCUAAGCGACAAAUUGUCGUCAGCGUCACCUGUCCCAGAAGUGCGAUUGGAACAGUAUGUUCCAGCUCUUGAAAGGCUUACUGCUCUUCGAGUUCUUCAGCAAGUUUCUCAAGUGUAUUCUACUAUUAAGAUUGCAGACCUUACUCGAAUGGUUACCUUUUUUGAUUUCUCAAAGGUUGAGAAGUUAAUUGUUGAAGCUGUGAAGUACAACUUUGUGCAAAUGAAGGUUGAUCAUCUGAAAGAAGUUGUCAACUUCGGCAGUCAGGAUUUGGAAUCUGAGAAAGUGAAAACCCAUCUUACUGUUCUUGCCAAGAGGUUGAAGAAGGCCUGCAGCAUGAUCUUUCCACCGUCUAUUGAGAGACCAUCUAAGCAGACUUUGCCUUACCCGGAACUUCUAGCGGUUGUGGAAAAGGAGCAUAAAAAGUUGUUAGCUCGCAAGGUUUUGAUUGAGCGUCGCAAAGAAGAGCAAGAACGACAAAUGCUUGAAAUGGAAAGAGAAGAGGAGUCAAAGAGGCUGAAGCAGCAACGUUUGACAGAAGAAGCUGAGGCAAAGAGACUCGCAAAAGAGUCAGCCAGGCGAGAGGAAGCCAGAAUUCGGAAGGAAAUCGAAGACAAAGAACUGGAGGAAGCGAGAACCUUGCUUGCCGAAGCUGAAAAACGAAAGGGCAAGAAGGGCAAGAAAGCAGCUGCAGAUGGAGAAGUUACCAAAAUUACAAAGCAGCUUCUUUUGGAAGAGGCUUUAAGUGAGCAAAUAAAAGAACGACAAGAGAUGGAGCGGAAGCUCCAGAAGCUCGCGAAGACGAUGGAUUAUUUGGAACGUGCAAAGCGAGAGGAGGAGAGACCAUUGAUUGAGGAGGCUUACCGCAACCGGCUUCAGGAUGAUGAGCGGUUUUACAAGCAACAACAGGAGCAAGCCAUUGAGCAGAGCAAGAAUCAGCACGAGACAGACGUGGUUGAGAAGCAUCGGUUGUUGCGGAUGGCAGACGACAAGGAUGUUUUCCAACGACAAGUUGUCGCCCGUCGUCAAGGAGAGUUUGAGAGGUUGCAGCGCUUGCGGGAAGAGAGACUAGCGGAGGAGCGUGCUAUUAGAUCUCAAGAACGUGAGAUCAGACGCAAGAAGGAAUUCUUUAGGAGACAAGAGGAGCAGCGACUUCUUAGGAUUCAGGAAGAAGAAGAAGCUAGAAAGAGAGAAGAAAUAGAGCGCAAACGCAGAGAAGAAGCUGAGCGUCUCGCUAAGUUGGAGGAAAUUGCUCAAAAGCAACGGGAGAGAGAGGCUGCUGCCGAAGAGAGGGAGAAGCGUGAGAGAGAAGAGGCUUUGCGAGCCAGGCUUGAAGAAAAGCCUGGAAAGUUUGUACUCCCUUCACUUCGAAAGAGGUUGGAGGGUGGUGACGAUAUGAGGCGUCCUAACAUGGAUGAUCGCCGAGACGUACGUCCUUCAAUGGAGGAACGCCGGCCUCUUUUUGAUGUGCAAGGAUCGGCUACUUCCCGCGAAACAGAUAUGCAGGUUGAAAGGGAGGCUUCCAGUCCUCCCUCUAAACGCUAUCAACCACCGCGAGGUCGCCAGGUUGAUUCUGAAGCUCCUCCACCGCGGGCUUAUGAACCUCCAGUUCGACGCACGCAUGAUGCCCUAGCUGCCCGCAAGGAUGUUUAUGACCCUCCCCGGGCUGGUGCAUAUGCUCAUCCAGGUCGCUCAGGAGGUAGACCCCUUGGUGGUGGCCGACUUGUGGAAGAGCGUCCAGAGCGCCGAGACCGGUGGUAGUUUUGACGUUUUACGCAGUUUCAUUGAGCUUAACAGUUCAAGCAAUAGGAGCUAUAGGGCAUAGUUGGUAUUUUCUUCUCUUGUUUUCACAAGGUCUCAUAGCCGUAGGGCCAAUUGAAGAACAGUUAGGGUGCCAGUCUGUGCUUGUGGUUAUCUCGUGAAUGAGUUCUGUUUGCCUUAUUCAUGCCAUCAGCUUCUUGGUUGUAGUUGACUUGGGCACUGCAUCCCGAACUUCCAUUUUCGACGAUUAAUUUAUCUUCGUUUUGGAGGUGGUUCCAGGAUAGUUUUCUGUUUUUUGGUCCUAGUUCUUUUUUCUUUUUCUUUUUUUAUCUUCCAACCAGCAUCGAAAUGGAUAAUUUGCAUUCACAGUAAAGGCAGCGGUUGUCGUUCCGAGAGCUUCAGCGUUCAGAAGCUGUCGGAGCCCUACGAGCUCUUGAUCA